UUCUGCAGUGAACCAGGCUAGGAGGAAGAGAAGUGUUCUCAGUCUGAACACGUCACCAAAACCAAACCCUUAAUUCUGCACUGGAUCCUACUUUCACACACUCUUUGGCCUAAUAGGGUCAUUUUAUGAGUCUCAUAUUGAGGGGGAUAGAUAAUGUUUAUUUUAAUCCAGAGAUUUGCUGUGCUUAUUUAAUUCAACAGACUUAAUCUAUUUUUAAAAAAAACAACAAAUCAUUAUUCUAAUGCACAUAAGCAAACAAGGAAUUAAAAUGGCUGUCACUAUUUCUGUAUCCAAGUUUUACUUGCUGCACAGUUGCCAGAGGAAAAGGAUCAUGUGACAGGCAGAAGAUGACUGCUUAUAAUAAGUCUGUAUAUGUUGAAUGCUAAAGGGGCAGGGGAAAAUAAGUCACUUGGAUUUCACCCAGAACAUGUGAUAAUCAGAUUAACAGAGAAUUGUGUGUAUGUGUAGUAGAUGGCGAAGGAGAUUGAAGUGUGCAUGGUUUAAAAAAAAAAAAAAAAAGUCAGGAGUGAAACUUUCCCACCGGAGGGGAAAAAUUUCUUUCAUAUGCAGGGCUGUGGCAGGGGUAAGAUCUAUUCAUGCACUGAGCCACAGCACUGAAGGUUGCCUGCUAUUGUGUGAGGAUGUCUCUCUUGGCCCUGGGUUUCCUGCUGGGGAUUCUGCAGCCUUCAUCUGGGCAGUUCCCCCGAGCCUGUGCAUCUUCAGAGAGCCUGCUGAGGAAGGAAUGUUGUCCACUGUGGGCUGGGGAUGGGUCCCCCUGUGGAGAACUCUCGAGCAGGGGCUCCUGCCAGGAGAUCCUUUUGUCCCGUGCCCCACUCGGGCCACAGUUCCCCUUCACAGGUGUGGACGACAGAGAGGACUGGCCUGCUGUGUUUUAUAACAGGACAUGCCAAUGCAGCAGCAACUUUAUGGGAUUCAACUGCGGGGAGUGCAGGUUUGGCUUCUCAGGGCCCAACUGUGCCGAGAGGAGAAUGCUUAUGAGAAGAAGCAUCUUCCAGCUUAGUAGCAGAGAGAAGAAUAAGUUCCUCGCCUACCUUAACUUGGCAAAGCACACCCCCAGCCAGGACUAUGUCAUCGCCAGUGGAACCUAUGCUCAGAUGAACAAUGGCUCAACCCCCAUGUUCAGGAACAUCAACAUUUAUGACCUCUUCGUAUGGAUGCAUUACUACGUCUCUCAUGACACCUUGCUAGGUGGGUCAAGCAUAUGGAGGAAUAUUGAUUUUGCCCAUGAAGCCCCAGGUUUUCUACCUUGGCAUCGGCUGUUCUUGCUGCUGUGGGAACACGAGAUCCAGAAGAUCACAGGAGAUGAGAACUUCACCAUCCCUUACUGGGACUGGCGAGAUGCCGAAGGCUGCGAUGUCUGCACUGACGAAUUGAUGGGAGGCAGACACCCCACUAACCCUCAGUUACUCAGCCCAGCAUCCUUUUUCUCCUCGUGGCAGGUAAUUUGCAGCCUAUCAGAGGAGUACAACAGCCGGCAGGCUUUAUGCAAUGCCACCAAUGAAGGCCCUAUACUUCGAAACCCUGGGAACCAUGAUAAAACAAGGACACCUAGGCUCCCAUCUUCAGCUGAGGUUGAAUUUUGUCUAACGUUGACUCAGUAUGAAUCUGGGUCCAUGGAUAAAUUGGCCAAUUUCAGCUUCAGAAACACUUUGGAAGGCUUUGCCAAUCCACAGACUGGAAUAGCGAACAUGUCUCAAAGCAGCUUACAUAAUGCACUUCACAUCUAUAUGAAUGGCUCAAUGUCCCAGGUACAAGGAUCUGCUAAUGAUCCCAUCUUUAUCCUUCACCAUGCCUUCGUUGACAGUAUUUUUGAACGAUGGCUUAGAAGACACAGACCUCUGCGAGACGUUUACCCAGCAGCCAAUGCACCCAUUGGACACAAUCGUGAAUAUUACAUGGUCCCAUUUAUUCCUCUCUACAGAAAUGGAGAAUUUUUUACCCCAUCAAGGGAGCUGGGAUAUGAUUAUGAAUAUCUAGCAGAGCCAGAUGUUGACUCCUUCCAGGACUUUUUGAUGCCCUACCUGGAGCAAGUCCGUCAGAUCUGGCAGUGGUUAGUUGGAGCAGCUGUGGUUGGUGGUAUAAUUACUGCUCUGAUCACAGGACUCAUUGUUCUGGGGUGUAGGAAGAAGAGACUGGGAAACACUGCAGAAACACAGCCCUUACUCAUGGAAAGUGAAGAUGAUCACAAUGUGUCUUAUCAGUCAAGUUUAUAAAAGCCACCUGUAAUCCAGCAAUGCGGUUCAGGUGCUAACCCUAAAUCAAGCAUGCAUUGUUUGGUACAUGUUUACAGAAUAUCUUGCUG